AUAUACAGAUACACUCCUCUGUCGCCCCCUCGCUCUUCUCCACCACACGCUCUCCGUGCCCCGCAUUCCGAAAACACACUUUUGCUUGCCCCUCAACCGCAGAAAAUGGCUCCUGGUAAAUGGGAUGAAGAAGAGGAGAGCACUCCUCCCUCUUCCCCUCCAACAACCGUCGCCCGCCGCGGCAAGUUUGACGAUGAAGAAGAGGACAGCGAUGUCCUAGAAUCGUGGGAUGCCGCCGAAGACUCCGAGGUCGAGCGGGAAAAGGCAAAGAAGGCGGCAGAAGCAAAAGAAAAGGCCGACGCCGAAGCAAAGGCCAACCACAAGAGCAAGUCUCAGCGUAUUGCAGAGCGCCGGGAGGAGAACAUGCGCCGUAGAAUGGCAGACCUUGAUGUAUCGGACGACGAGGAGGAGGACGAGGCCGAACGCCGCGCCCGUUUGAGGAAAACGGAGCAGGACGCCGACCUCGCCCACGCCGAGGAUCUCUUUGGCGGUGCUGCCAGCGGUCCUAAGCGUACUGCCGGCAAAGCUGUCACUCUAUCUGAUGCCAGCCAGCCAGACCAGGUCAUCGACUUGAGCUCGCUGCACCUCUUCAACCCCAACACCAAGGGCGACUUCACCAAACUGCGCGAGACUCUUGUGCCCCUGAUCAACGCCAACGCGAAGAAGGCCCAAUACGCUCUGUUCCUGCAGGAGUUUGCCAAACAGAUUGCAAAGGAUCUCCCCAGCGACCAGAUCAAGAAGGUUGCCAGCGGGCUCACGACGCUCAGCAACGAGAAGAUGAAGGAGGAGAAGGCGGCAGAGAAGGGCGGCAAGAAAUCCAAGGCGGCAAAGACAAAGACCAGCCUCAACGCUACGAGAGACGUCGCUUACAAGGCGGACACUGCAGCAUAUGAGGACGACUUUGGCGAGUAAGUGGCUCGGUUGCAUCCUGUAACAGGUCGGGAACACGAAAUGCUAACGGUGGUACAGUGACGAUUUCAUGUGAAAGGGCUGACGAGUACUUUGCCUGAGACUUGCCCCCCGUCCUCUCCACUUUGCCCUCCCUCAUUCGGCUGAGAUUGACCAUGAACCACGGCGUCGCCUGCAACCGGCCGCCACUCUUGCCCGAGAUGGCUUCCACGGUUGGUUAGUUAGCAGCAGAGCACCGUUUCCCUGGACUCGGAGCUCCCUUUUUUUCCAAAAGAUGUCUACCAUGCCUUUAGUGUGCGGCGUUGCGGCUGUUUUGCAUUCUUUCGGGUUUUCAUCUGACUAGUCGUGUGGAGCCGUUUGUGGCUUGGCCGCCUGUUGUCUGUCUGUGGCGCCCUUUCUCUUUUUUUUUCUCUUUUCUUACAUUAGCAUCUUCUUCCUUUCCGAGUAUGUAAU